AUGGGUCUAAAAGCCAUUCUAUUGGCGGCCGCGCUUGUGGUGACGGUCUACUCUCAGUGUCCCGCGUUAUCCGGAGCAUGCAGAUGCGCCCCAUCGGUCUACGAGCCAGUCGCAAUUAUCUGUCAGAAUGCGGGAAGUUUGCAGAACGCGAUUCAAGCGAUUCAAGCGGCCCGGGAUGUUCCGAUCGACUCCCUUACGAUCCUUGACACUGCAAUCCCAACCAUCCCAGCGAACGCGUUCCAAAGUUUCACCAUUCUCCGUCUUGUCUUGAACCGUAACACCCUUCAAAACAUCGACGAUCAGGCGUUCAACGGUCCCCUCCUUGACUCGCUCAUCGAACUCGACCUCAAUGACAACAAUCUCGGACAGAUCCCACAAACCGGUAUCCCGAGACUUCGUAAUCUGCGCAAGUUGUAUCUCAACCGUAACCGUAUCAACCAGUUGUCGUCGACUGCUUUUAAUGCGUUCGAGUCGAGAGAUUUGUUGCUGAAACUGGAGUUGGCUGGAAAUCGAUUGACCGAUGCGACACUCGGCGAUGCUACUGUUUUCAGACCAUUGACUCUUCUUCAGGAACUAUCGCUCGAAACCAACUCUCUCACCUCGAUCCCCUCGUCAGCUCUCGUCAACCAACGCAACACUCUGACCAACUUGAAUCUCGGCCUCAACUCGAUCAACGAUGUGCCCGUUGGAGCCCUCGACUUCCCAGUUCUCUCCUCCCUCUCUCUCGAAUUCAACGGGAUCACCGUUAUCGCACCACAAGCGUUCCAAGGUGUGCCCAAUCUUCAGUUCCUGUACAUGACCGGUAACAAGUUCCCGUCAUGGGCGCCAGAAAUGUUCCGUUAUAUCACCCAACUCAAGACUCUUGGUAUCGGAGAGACCCCGAUCUCGGUCAUCCCUAACAAUGCGUUCAUGCACAUCCCGAAUUUGAUCCGUCUAGAAAUGUCAGAAGCCGCUGUGGACACUAUUGAGAGAGGAGCAUUCCAAAGAACACCACAGAUUCAAGCGAUCGUUCUUAAUAAGAAUAGACUGUCUCAAGUACGCGCCGACUUUUUCGAGGGACUCACCGACCUCUACUCGAUCGAUUUGCAAGGAAACCGAAUCGACAAUGUGCAAUCAUUGGGAUUCGCCAACUUGCCAGCCAUCUCCCAUUUGGAUAUCAGUUACAACCUUCUGCAAACGAUGCCGUCUGAUGUUUUCCAAAACUCUUUCCUCCCACAACCAAAUGAUAGGAGAGUCAUCUAUGCGUGUGGAAACCCAUGGUACUGUAACAGCGAGUUGGAAUGGUUCCGAACUCUCCUCCGUGACAACUUGGACAUUGAUGUCGAGAAGCCGGGAUGUCUUGCUGUAUGCCAAUCAUCACCAAAUGGAUGCCCAGUUGAGGGAACACCACUCAGAUCCGUCGAUUUCUGUCAAAACAACGAAGAAGCACAGCCACUUGUGGGAAGAGCACUCUCAAUGGUUGGAUGGAUUAUUUUGGCGGUAAUCAUGACGAUCCUCCUGAUCUCCAUCUGCCUAUUGGCAAUGGUCCGUUACGGAAUGAGCCAUCAGAGGAAGAAGCAGAAGGACGCCGAAGUCGCCGCGGAGGAAUAUCACGCUCAGACCACAGCUACCUCCAUCUACAACGCUCCACUCUCCGUCGUCGACCGCCCGUACUCUACAGUACCACCUGUGAAUCUGGACCUCCCAGCCGCCUAUACUUUGGACGACAGGCCGAACAAUUACCUCUACUAA